UUCAGAGCAAGACCGAAAUUCUUCUUGUGAAGAUAGAAGCACGGAUUCAUCUGUGGUACCAUGACACAAUUGUGUGGAUGUGUUGCGGUUAUGUGCAUGCUGUGGUGUGCUGGAGCCUCAGCUGAUUAUCCGUGUCCGGCCCAAAACUCACCAGCCUUCAAAUUCUCAGUCACCAGUCGCCGUAACAAGACAGGCCACUGGAUCGCACAGGUGGAGAUGGAACACGGUGCUGAUCAGAAUGAAAAUGAAGUUGGUCCUUGGAAAGCAGACGUUAAACAAUCUACUGCAAAAUGUGGAGGCAUUGACUCUGUCUUCUUAUUGGCCACUGUCGUAGUACCUCCUCGGGACGCAGACACAGAGGAACAGAAGCCUUGUCGGAAGCCACCUGCUGAUUACGAACUUCUGCCUGGGUUGGGAUAUUACAAAUUCCACACAGAUAUUAAAACCUGGGGAAAAGCUCGGGAUAUGUGCGAAAAUGAAGGUGCUCACCUGGUAGUGAUCAAUUCGCUGACGGAGGCUAAGACGCUGCCCUCAAUCUGGAUACGUGACGUAUUUAACGACUGGAGAAAAGACGCCGCUUACAUCGGUACUUGGGACCCGGAAGGAAAUGGGGAGUUCGUCACUAUUUUCAACGAGACACUGGAAGCGGCAGGAUACAACAAGUGGUUUCCUGACGAACCAAACUUCAUGGGGCAUUGUGGGAUGUUGAGAUCAAACUCCCUGCUUGGGAACACUUUCUGUGAUGAGAAGUUGCUUUUCAUCUGCGAGUUCAAAGAAUGAAGUGUGUUAUGAAAAUGCAUUUGCCUCUUACUGUACGCACCUCUUUAAGUGCAACAUCUUCGUCUCAGCAGGGCAAUGUUUGUGGUAAUGUCUGUAGGUUUGUCCUUAUGCCAUUUCCAGCGUUUCAGUCGGUAAUGUAGUGUCAUCAGUCGAGAUUAUAUUGUCGAUAAUUGCAGAAAACUGUACCCCUAGUCUAUUAUUAUUAUUAUUAUUAGUAGUAGUAGUAGUAGUAGUAGUAGUAGCAGUAGUAGUAUUAGCAGCAGCAUUACUAGGUCUGAUCCUAUAGUUGUUUUUUAUAUAUAGAACUGAAUUAAUUUAUUAUCGUUAGUAUUAUUAUUAUUAUU